GCGCAGGACGUGGCGGGAGAUUGUCGCCAGUAUACGAACAGGAGCUGUGAGGAGUGUCUGAAAAACGUCACUUGCCUGUGGUGUGCCAGCAGUGGGAGGUGUGUGGAGUACCCCAUCCGAAGAGUCCUCCCCCCCGCCGACCUCUGUGAGCUCCGCUCCGCACGCUGGGGAGUCUGCUGGGUGAACUUUGAAGCCCUGAUCAUUGCAAUGUCUGUGGUGGGAGGAACAAUCCUUAUCAUGUUGGGGGUCUGCUGCUGCUGCUGUUGUAAGAAAAAGAGCAAAAAGCCAGACAAGGAUGACGAGAGAGCAGCCAGGGAGCGGGAGAAGAGGCGGGUGCGGCAGGAGGAGAGGAGAGCAGAGAUGAAAUCACGGCAUGAUGAAAUCCGAAGAAAAUAUGGCCUCUUCAAGGAAGAGAACCCAUAUGCAAAAUUUGAGAAUUAGCAUCUCUGGAUCUGCCCACCCUGGUGAACAGUGCCUUCCUGCAGUGCCGCAGGACUCCAUGCUUCCCCUGCCAUGAGGAGACCACUGUGGUGCCACUUCCUGCUUCACUUGCCACAGAAGAUGAGCCAAAUGCUUGAUGACACCAUUGUCCCCACUCCAGAUGCUCAGUUUGCUCCAGAGCUUUGCUCUUGCUCUGCUGGUGCAGGAAAACGGUGGUGGCAAUACCAGAGGAUGACAUAUUUCUUCUCACUCACCCCUGGGUUGGUAACACAGGCCAAAGCAAUGCAAAUAACAGUCCUUGUCCCUGGACAAGAGCAAAAUCAACUUUAUGUAUCUUUCUCACUCCUGCCUCUCCAAAUACCCUUCACACACACAGAACCAGGCUCUUCCAUUCCCUCUUUUCUUUUUCUCUUUUUUUCUUUUUUUUCUUUUAUUAUAAGCAAAAGCCAGCUAGAGUUUAUUGACUCGGUCAGCAGGAGGCCUUGGCUGUUACUCCAGGUGCCUGUACUUGUCCCAGCACAAUAGCAUUCCUUUCAAAAAGCACAAGUUUCUGGUUGUCUUGGACCUCUAUAAAGGAGGUCCCACAUGCACAUUCUCACUUGCAACUAAUGUGGGGAAAUGCCCCAAUUCUCCUACCUCUCUGUGCCUUUCUAGAAAGCUGGUCUCCUGGCCACAGCUGAUAGCAAUACUAUAGGGGUCAGAUGCAUUUACAAUAUGUUGACUAUAUAUUAAACUGAUUCGGUUACUA